AUGUUUCAGCCACCAGAGACGAGACCUCCCACGUCACUCACACAGACAACUAAACGUAACACCCUACCUGGCUCUAUACCCCUACCAGACCUUGGCCCUAUACCUCUACCAGACCUGGCCUAUAAUCUCUACCAGACCUUGGCCCUAUACCCCUACCAGACCUUGGCUCAUACCCCACCAGACCUUGGCCCUAUAUCUCUACCAGACCUUGGCCCUAUACCUCUACCAGACCUUGGCCCAUACCCCUACCAGACCUGGCCCUAUACUCCCCUACGACCUUGGCCCUAUACCCCCCACCAGACCUGCCCAUACCCUCUACCAGACCUUGGCCCUAUAAUUCCCCAGACCUUGCCCCUAUACCCCUACCAGACCUGGCCCUAUACCCCUCUACCAGACCUUGGGCCUAUACCCCACCAGACCUUGGCCCUAUACCCCACAGACCUUGGCCCUAUACCUCUACCAGACCUUGGCCCUAUAAUUCUCUACCAGACCUUGGCCCUAUACCCUCUACCAGACCUUGGGCCCUAUACCCCCCACCAGACCUGGCCUAUACCCCCUACUGACCUGGCCCAUAUCUACAGACCUGGCCCUAUACCCUCUACUGACCUUGGCCCUAUACCCCUUACCAGACCUAUACCCACGACCUUGGCCCUAUACCCCUCCAGACCUUGGCCCUAUACCCCUCUACCAGACCUUGGCCCUAUACCCCUCUACCAGACCUGGCCCUAUACUCCCCUUACCAGACCUUGGGCCUAUAAUUUCUACCAGACCUUGGCCCUAUACCCCCUACCAGACCUUGCCCUAUACCCCUACCAGACCUUGGCCCUAUACCCUCUACCGGACCUUGGCCCUAUAACUCCCCACCAGACCUUGGCCCUAUACCCUCUACCGGACCUUGGCCCUAUACCCUCUCAACAGACCUGGCCCUAUACCCCCUUACCAGACCUUGGCCCUAUACCCUCACUGCCCAUCCUACCACCUUGGCCCUAUACCCUACCAGACCUUGGCUCUAUACCCCUCUACCAGACCUUGGCCCUAUAA